CUCAAGUCACGGUUGAGCCUGCGCCACAGGCUUGUAAUGGAAACGGCAGAGUGGACCAUAGUUCAUGUGGAGCGGCCAUGGAAAGGGCGCACGGAGCCCAUGAAGCUGCUUUUGGAGGACGCCGGCGUCACUUACGUUGUGCGCUGCGAGGAGCCGGGUCCCGCCAUCUCCUUUGACUUGUGGCGAGGGUACUUGUCUGAAGACGCAAUCACUGUGGACAGCACUCCCUUCCCAGUGCCAUAUCCUCCAGCAAUUUGGCAUCGACCUCAUGAUGGUGAGGAGGUCUUCGUAAACACUCAGAUCGCGAGUCUGAGGUACUUGGGCCAAUGCUUGGGCUAUGCGCCUGCCUCUGCUGCUGAGGGUGCACGUGCUGACCAAAUUGCGCAGACUGCGGUGGACUAUUGGGCUGAGGGGCGGACUGCUUUUCAUCCUCUGGACAACUCUCACUUGGGGUCGUACUCAUCACAGAAAGAUGCCGCGCACAAGUCUUCCAAGGAGUGGAGCGCUACGCGCAUGCGUUUUUGGCUAAGGCACUUUGAGAAGAUCGUUCUGCGCGGCGCUGGGCCACGGAAGCCGGUCGCAGGCGGCGCCUCGGUCACCUACGCAGACUUCCUGCUCUUCCACGUCUUGGACGCCACAGAGGCUCAGUUCAAUGAUGAGCACUUUUCGAGGGCUUGGGACGCGGCCCCUGAAGGUCUGAAGGCCUACAAGGAGUGGAUGGCUUGCCGGCCAAAACUCGAGGCCUACUUCAGCUCGGACAGGCGGAAGCCUUGGGCAGGGGACUCCAUGAUGUGA